UAAAAAACAUAUUUGCGAGAACUCUCCCGAGUAAGAUCAUCUAAGUAUGAUUUUGGCCACAGCUAUUUACAAGUGCGGGUUUUGACUGAAGUGAGUAAUUGAAUUACGUUGAGCCUCUGAAGUUUGCCUUUUAUUUAUAUAUUUCCCCCAAUUGUGUGGCUCAGUCUGCCAUUGGCUGUGGUCCCUGCAGCCUACCCGAGGGCUCUGCAGUUACAUAAGGCUCUGUCUGUUGGGAGCCUAUAUAAAGCCUUUUUGCAUGCCAGCAAGAGACAGAAUUUUAUCAGGAGCCAGGUCCCACUGCUUUAGUUCACACAAACAGGAGGAGAUUUGCUUGAAGAUAUACCGAAACCCGAACCCAGGCUGGUUUGUUUGCUAGCCAGUACUUCACAGCUGUCAACCUGAGUCGCAAGUAGCAGCUACUGUAAGUAGCUUCUGUGCACUAUGAAGAAUUUUUCAUUUCCUAUGCAGGAUAACACACGUCAGACUGAGAGUCCUUCUCCUCACAGAUUCCUGAGUUUGACAAAUCAGUCAGAUCCUGUUGGAAGACCAGAAAGAGAUGAGCAAUUAGCUCAAGUAGAGAUUGCCGUACUGGGGGUCAUAUUUCUGACGGCGUCUGUGGGCAAUUUUAUUCUCAUACUGGUGCUGUGGCGAAGAAGAAAGAAGCUCUCUAGGAUGUAUGUGUUCAUGCUUCACCUCAGCAUCGCUGACUUAGUGGUAGCCUUUUUUCAAGUGCUUCCUCAACUCAUAUGGGAUAUUACAGAUGUUUUCAUAGGGCCAGAUUUCUUGUGCAGAAUUAUCAAGUAUCUACAACUGCUGGGCAUGUUUGCCUCUACUUAUAUGAUAGUGGUCAUGACAGUGGACAGAUACCAGGCGGUUUGCUACCCUAUGGUCACUUUCCAAAAGAAGAGAGCUCUCUGGAACAUCCCCAUUUGCACCAGCUGGUCUAUAUCGCUGAUUCUUAGCCUACCACAGGUAUUUAUCUUUUCUAAGACUGAAAUAUCUCCAGGUAUCUUUGAAUGUUGGGGUGAAUUUGUUCAGCCAUGGGGCCCAAGGGCAUAUGUGACUUGGAUUUUUGUAGUUAUAUUCUUCAUUCCUUCAGCCAUCCUUAUCAUGUGCCAGGUUAAGAUUUGCAAAAUAAUCAAAAGAAAUAUAUAUGUGAAAAAACAGAAUGAAUAUGAAGUAACAAAUCAGAAGCAAGUCCUGCCAUCCCGAGCAAGCAGUGUGAACUGUAUUUCAAAGGCUAUGAUCAAGACUGUAAAAAUGACAGUGGUGACAGUUGUUGCGUAUGUUCUCUGUUGGUCACCUUUCUUCAUUGCACAGCUGUGGUCUGUGUGGUUCCCCAGUGUCGUGACCGAAGGUUCAGCAUUCACCAUUAUCAUGCUCCUUGGCAAUUUAAAUAGUUGCACCAAUCCAUGGAUUUACAUGUAUUUUUGUGGCCACAUUCCAUAUUGCACAAAUAAGCAGCAGGAGAACACCUCGGCUCAAGAGGAAUCGAUGAUCACGGGGAGCAUUCAUCUUGUAGACAGAGACCCUGAGGAAAACAGUGCUUCUGCAUAAAUGUUGAAUGCUUUUUGUUGUUUUGUUACAUUUGCUAUGUUCACAAGACAUACCGAUAUUUUACCACCAUCCCUGGUUUUGUGGAUAAGGAAGCUAGAAAAUUGUCUUUUGUUGUGUAAAUAUAUUUCUCUGCAGUUCUGUAGCAUAUACAGGAAGUUUCUGUGUUGUGCAAGCCUGACUCACUACUUCCAUCACCACUGUGUUAUCAAAAUGAAUUCUUGUAAAGACUGACAAAGAUAUAUAAAAGUAUCUUAGAUAUUUUGUGUCCUAAACUACUUUUGCUUCCGUUAUUCUGGAUUUCUAAGUAGUAAAAUUUUGCAACUAACUGGCCCAACAAAUUGAAACAUAAUUGCAAAGGAAUCUGACAUAAUUAGACUUGAAUAUGUUUUCAAAUUGAACCAUGAAUUGUUCAUCAUUCUGGUGUGAUUGGGGGACAGUCUGGCAAAUCUUGAGAAGGCAGCAGAAAGUCAGAAAAAUCCUUUGCCAGCUAUUAUUAAUACCUGUUUUAAAUUAACUCCUUAUAUAAAUUUAUAAAAUGCCAAGCAGCUUAGUGUAAUUUUUAAAAAACGAAUUUGGUGUCCUUGUGACACUGAAUACCUACUUCAGUUUCAAAUGCCACUGUGAAUCACAGGUAUCGGCAGCAUAGUAGCAGUCCAGGUUUGUGGCUUCACACCAUGGGAUUUGAUCUUCCAUGCAUUCCCUGAUGUACAAGCAGUUAACUGAACACCCCCCCGCCCCCCCAUACACAUACGUAUACAUACUUUAAAUAAAUAUGGGUGCUAGGAAUGUACACUUUCAUUUGGUAUUAAGACCUAUUUGUUCUGGCAUGCAAUUUAUUGACAGAGAGUGCUUAGAACCCCUUCAGGCUGAAAUUCAAUUAUUUCCCCUUUGUGAUAAAAAUAAAUCGGCAUCUCUUUACCUCAAAAUGCCAUUUGCUUGCUAGUUUGUGGGUGUUUUAUGCAGGUAGCUAUUUAUUCCCUUUUCAGCGUCUGCAAUCUAAUCAGAGGAGUAUGGAAGGAAUAUCAGCAAGGCUCUUUCAGGUGAGAACAGAGCUGCAUUCACAGAGAUUCUUGGUGAUACUUGCAUAUCAUCUGCCUACAUUAUACUGUGUUUCAUCAAUGCUAUUCACAUUUCAUUUUUAUGAGUGCUAGCAAUCUCAAAUUUCAACAGAAAAGCUAUACAAGUGUGUGUGGGGUUAAUAGUCUUUAAAUUGUACUCAA